AUGGGGGAGAGACACCAUCUCUGUGGUGAGUGUGGGAAGAGGUUCAGCUGCCCCUCAGAUCUCAGUGAGCACCAAAGGUUGCACGCUGCUGAGAGGCACUAUUCCUGCCCUGAAUGCAGGAAAGGAUUCAAUCACCCCUGCGAACUCAGCAGGCACCUGCAAAUGUACACGGGUGAGCACCCCUUCCCCUGCCCUGAGUGUGGGAAGGGGUUCAGCCAGAGCUCGGAUCUCAACAAGCACCUGCGGGUGCACACGGGUGAGCGGCCCUUUCCCUGUGCUGAGUGCGGAAAAAGGUUCAGCAGUAGGUCGGAUCUUAACAAGCAUCUGCGGGUUCACACGGGUGAGCGGCCCUAUCCCUGCACUGAGUGUGGGAGGAGCUUUAGCCAGGUCUCCACACUCACCCUACACCAGAAAACCCACACUGGAGAAAGACCCUACAUCUGCUACCUGUGUGAAAAAAGGUACACACACCCAUUAAACCUCGUUAAACACAAGAGAAUCCACAUGGGGGAGUGA